AUCUCUUCUUUAGACAAAUAUCAAAUAUGGCCGAAUGGUCACAGUCGUUUCGUUUAUAAUCAGGACCAUGAAGAGGCUAAACGUCACGUGAGUGGUUGGGCCAUGCGUAACACCAAUAAUCACAAUGCCUAUAUAUUGAAGAAAUCCUGUCUUGGAGUGUUUGUUUGUAAUCAAGACUGUUUGUUAGAAAAUGGCGACAAAGUUCAUAUGAGACCAGCUAUAUGUGAUAAAGCAAGAAGAAAGCAAAUUGGUAAACCAUGUCCAAACCCAAACUGUCUCGGACAUCUAGAACUAUUAGCAUGUCGAGGUCAUUUUGGAUAUCCAGUCACCCAUUUCUGGCGACACGUGAAUGGUGCGAUAUACUUUCAAGGCAAAGGUUACCACGAUCAUCCUAGACCGGAAAUAAAAUCUAUAGCAGAAAGCAGACGCCAUACUAGUAGGAAUCGGGUUUUUAGGCAUUCAAAGGUAUGUUCAACUACUGUUUUACUUUAA